AUGCAUCCCGAUAUUGAGCGAGAACUCACAUAUUUGCUGCUCAUCGAGCUGCUGGCAUACCAGUUCGCGUCGCCAGUAAAAUGGAUCCAGACGCAGGACGUCCUUCUCAAGGACCUCAAGAUCCAGAACCUCCUCGAGGUGGGCCCGGUCAGCACACUGGUCAACAUGCUGAGUCGCACUCUGCAGAAUGAGGACUACGUGAUCCACGACAGUGCGCUGGGCGUACGGCGAAAGCUGCUCAGCUACCGCGACCAUGCAGCCGAUAUCCAUCGCGGAUUUACCUCGACAACAGAUCUCAAGGCUGAGACCGUAGAGGCACCACGGGCUCCUCCGCCACCCAUGGCGCCUCCGGUGCCUUCUCUUCCUCUUCCUCCUCCUGCCAUAGCCGUGGAGGCUCCCAUUCAACCGAGCAUCCCAGAUGCUUCCCCUUCUGCCCAAGAAAUUGCCCUCGCAAUCAUCUCUCAAAAGCUUGAACGUGCGCUGGGAGCCGAUGAGCUGCGCAAAUCUGUCAAGCAGCUCUGCGGCGGCCGGUCGACGAUGCAGAAUGAGAUUAUUGGUGAUUUGGAGGGUGAAUUUGGAAGCCUGCCCGAAGACGCGGAAGGCGUUGAGGUUCAAACCCUCUGCAACAGGCUGCAGGCUUCGCCGGCGUUCUCGGGACGGCUGCGCCGUACGGCGACGGCCAUGAUUUCCAAAAUGGUCUCGCUCAAGAUGCCUGCAAGCUUCCGAACGGCACAAAUGCGCACGUAUCUGGAGCGCCGCUGGGGCUUUGGUCCAGGGCGCCAGGACACCAUCCUCCUUUUAGCAAGCAGUCAUCUGCCGGCGCAGCGAUUAGCCACGCCGGCUGAAGCCGAGACGUUUUUGGAUGACAUUGUGCAGCCAUAUCUUAAAGAGAAGGGAUUAACUGCUUCUACUGGGGCCUGUGAUCGUGAUCCACCUCCUGAGGUUGCUGGGCCCCCGAGUACUCAGGCACUCCCGCAGCAGGAGCCAGAGCCUCAGCACCUGUCAGUGAAGGAACUCUAUCCAGGCACUGACGCCGACCUCGAACGCGACAAGCGCAUUGAGACCCUGCAGGGAGAGAUCGACUCGCUUGUGGCCGAGCUGGGUGACGAGCUGAUCGCCGGCGUGCAACCGCAGUGGUCGGCAUCCCACGUCCGCCACUACGACUCAUACUGGAAUUGGAGUAUCCAGGAUCUCUAUCACACCAUGGGCGAGAUCCUCCGGGGUAGCGUUGGGGUCGGUGACCCAUGGACGCGCCAGCAGGGACGACUCAUUGCCAAUCGUGCCUGUCCCCGGCUGCUCAGCGUCGCAGAGUACCUGCAUCGCCAGGUUCUCGACGGAGCAAUCGAGGGCAACGUCGAUGCGGCAGCGGCGUUUCUGAAAACGGUGAUCGCUUCCAGCGCUGACUGGCAGUGCCCUCCAACAAUUCAGCCCUUUGCGCUCCAUGUGUGUGAGCGGCUAACCGCACCUCGCACCAUUAUCAACUCUAACGGGGAUCUUGAAUAUAACGAGGUCCUUCGCGCGGCGGCGGACAGCGGAUAUCACCACGUCUCGCUCAGCGUGAAGAAUGGGCAGGGCUGGGUUGUUGACGAGCAUCUCACCACGACCUUUGCACAGGAGCUUAAGGAAGCAAGCAAUAGCAAUGCUAAAGCGCCUGGCUUUGCUUCCAAAGUCGUCCUCCUCAUCGGGGCCAGCCGUGCCUCGAUUGGGUCAGAGAUCCUGCGUGGCCUCCUGGUCGGCGGCGCCCAUGUCAUCGUCACGACCAGCCGCUUCACCCCGGAGACAAUUUCCUUCUUCCGUGACAUUUAUGUUUCGCACGGAGCGCGCGGGGCCCAGCUGCAUCUCGUCUCAUUUAACCAGGCCAGCCAGCAGGAUGUACAUGCUCUUGUGGACUGGGUCUAUGACAAGCUCGGGCUGGAUCUCGAUCACAUCGUCCCCUUCGCCGCCAUGUCGGUAUCGGGCCGUGAGGUCGACGGGAUUGACGCGCGUGCGGAACUAGCGCAUCGCAUGAUGCUGGUUAACGUGAUUCGGCUCAUUGGCCAGGUCGCGGAGCAGAAGCGGAAGCGCGGGUUCAGCACGAACAUCACCCAGGUUCUCCUGCCUUUGUCACCGAACCACGGCGUCUUUGGCGGUGAUGGUCUAUACGCAGAGUCAAAGGUUGGGCUGGAGCCGCUACUCGCCAAGUGGGCGUCGGAAAGCUGGGGCGCGUAUCUCUCUGUGUGCGGGGCGUCGAUUGGAUGGACACGGGGCACGGGGUUGAUGAAAGCAAACGACCUCGUCGCGCAGGGGAUAGAGGAGAGAAUGGGAAUUCGGACAUUUGGAGUAGAGGAGAUGGCGCUACAGCUGCUGUUGCUCAUGGCCGCACCCGUUGCAGAGCGGUGCGAGACUGCGGUAGUGUAUGCAGAUCUCACGGGGGGACUGGGUCAGCGACCCAAUCUCAAGGAUGAACUGGUGGCACUGAGGGAGGAGAUGCAGCAGGCGAGUGCCGUGCGGAAGGCUGUUUUGGAGGAUCAAAGGCUAGAUGAUGAAGCGGAGAAUACCGUAGCAGCUGAUGACCGAGGUGCUGCGCCGGCGCCUCUCGCCAACCUGCAGCUGCAGUUCCCCGAGCUCCCAGACUACGAGACGGAGAUCCGUCCACUGGCGGCCAAUCUGCACGGGAUGGUUGAUCUCGACCGUAUCGUGGUGGUUGCUGGUAUUGCAGAACUGGGACCAUCUGGCAGUGCGCGGACACGGUGGGAGAUGGAGGCAGAAGGCCGAUUCAGUCUGGAAGGCUGCAUUGAAAUGGCGUGGCUGAUGGGAAUGAUCCAGCACACUGCAGGCGAGGUCGAUGGAAAAUACUACAAUGGGUGGGCAGACGCAACGACUGGCGAACCCGUGGCUGACAUCGAGGUCAAGAGUCGCUACGAGCAGCGCAUCCUGGCGCACUCGGGAAUUCGUCUCGUCGAGCCAGAGCUGGAUAUUGGCUGGGGGUCUGACCCCACACGCCGCCAGCUGCUGCAGGAGGUAAACUUGACGGAGGAUCUGCCUCUCAUUGCGACGUCCAAAGAGCUCGCACAGCAUUUCCAGGCCGAGCACGGUGAUCACGUUGACAUCUUCUACCCCGUCGGCGCCAAGGAUGGUGCAGACGAGGAGGAGGAUGUGCGCAUCCGUCUCAAGAAAGGGGCCACGAUCCUGGUUCCCAAGGGGUUGCGAGUUGCCCAUGCCGUCGCUGGGCAGAUACCAACGGGCUGGAAUCCAAAGACGUACGGCUUGUCAGAUGAGAUCAUCUCGCUAGUCGAUCGAGUCGCGCUGUUCACGCUUGUCUGUGUGGCAGAAGCCCUAUUCUCCAGCGGCCUGACGGACGCAUACGAGCUCUACCGCUACAUCCAUGUUUCGGAGUUGGGCAACUGCAUCGGGUCCGGCUUGGGAGGUAUCAAUGCCUUGAAACGCGUCUUCCGCACGCGUCACCAUGACCUCCCCGUCGCCUCGGACGUGCUCCAGGAGACCUUCAUCAACACGGCUCCCGCCUGGGUCAAUAUGCUGCUGAUCUCGGGGUCGGGACCUCUGCGCACCCCUGUCGGUGCCUGUGCAACGGCACUCGAGUCACUUGAGUCUGGCUACGAGCUGAUCUCCACUGGUAAAGCCAAGGCAUGUCUAGUGGGAGGCGUUGACGACCUAGACCACGAUAUCGCGGUGGAGUUUGCGAACAUGGGUGCGACCUCGAAUCCGGCCAAGGAACGGGCGCAGGCUCGCAAACCUGCAGAAGCAUCACGCCCCGCCAGCGCAACUCGUGCAGGCUUUGUCGAAGCACAUGGAGCAGGUGUCCAGCUCCUCACCACUGCUCGGCUUGCCCUUGACAUGGGCCUGCCGGUGCACGGCGUCAUUGCGUGGGCAAGUACAGCCAGCGACAAGGCCGGCCGUUCCGUUCCUGCGCCAGGGCAGGGUCUCCUCACCAACGCGCGUGAGACCAGUGACAGUCCAUUUCGAACGCCACUACUCAACAUCUCCUACCGACGGCGCCGCCUCGAGCAGCGCCUGCGCCAGAUCCGCGACUGGGAAGACUCCGAAAAAGAGGCCGAGCAGCAAGACGAAGCCACGGACGACACCGUGACACGACGACUCCUGGCCGAUGAACGACGCCACUGGAUCGCCAGCGAGGGCACACGGCAGCGCAAGGACGCUCUUGCCACCUUCGGCCACCAGUUCUGGCACGGCGAGCCGCGCAUUUCUCCCAUCCGGGGAUCACUCGCUGUAUGGGGACUGACAAUCAACGACCUAGAUUUUGCGUCCUUCCACGGCACCUCGACUGUGCGCAACGACUUGAACGAGACGGACGUAAUCCAGAAGCAGCUGGCCCACCUGGGUCGCGAGGACGGACACCUGCUCUACUGCAUUUUUCAGAAAUACCUCACUGGCCACUCCAAGGGAGCGUCGGCCGCCUGGAUGCUAAACGGCUGUCUGCAAACCCUUACCUCGGGUGUGAUUCCAGGCCAGCGCAACGCGGAUAACAUUGACGAGCGACUGCGGGAACGUCAAUCCUUGUUUUAUCCCAGUCGAACGCUGUACAAGCGCGGCCUAAAGGCAUUCUCAAUUACCUCGUUUGGGUUCGGGCAGAAGGGAGCCCAGGCUAUUGGAUUGCAUCCGCGAUAUAUGUUUGCGGUGGCAACUGAAGGGGAGUACCAUGAUUAUUGUGUCCGGGUUCGAGAGAGACAGCAGAGAGCUUCGCAGGCGUGGGCAAAGGCUGUCGCGAUGCAGACCGUCUGUGAUGUGAAGGAUCUGCCGCCGUGGGGAGAAGGGAACGAAUCGGCGGUUAUGUUGGAUCCCCUCGCCAGAUUUUGA